AUGGCUGAAGUUGAGGAUGUGGACCUUGUAAACUUUCUGAAAACAAGAAAUAUUUCUGACAAUGUCAUCAAAAAGAUUGUGGAAGACAAGAACAGAAGAAAACAGAUAAAAGCUGCAAGAAGCCACAUCAUCAGAAAAUCCGCCAAGAAGACUGAAAGAGGCAAUCAGUUGGAUCCCAAAUCAUCAGAUUCUGAUACAUCACCCAGUGUCUUCACAAAGAAAAAUCAUGGACUAGGAGGAGAAUCAAGUAAGCAGUCAAGACCCCACUCUGAGUUGCACUACAUAGAGAUUCUCCAUUCACCUCCUCCAGAUGAUGAUGAUGAUGGGAAUAAUUCACAUUUAACCACAAGCAACCAGGAAGUUGAAGAUGACUGUCUAAUCCUAGCUUUUCAUGAAGAGGCAGAACAGUUAGUCGGUGAGCCUAAUCCUCAUCUUGCCCAGGCUAUCAAUGCAUCUCUUGAAGACUUUGAAAUACAGUUUGGACCUCACUCUGGCGAUGAUGGAGCGAGUCUUGACUCCACUCUUCCCUGGAAUCCAGAUACUCUCGACACAAAUCAGCAUUCAACGUGGAGUGAAGGAUCUGCAUCAUCAAAUAUCGAUCAAGUGUUCCAAACCCCAUCUGUAAUGGACAUCCGCUGUGUUUCAAUUAGGCGUAUCAAUGUAGUUCAGGAUCUCAUAGAUGUAUUUAUUGACGCAGAAGUCCUUAAUACAAAGCUAAAGAUGGAUUUGAACAAUGAAAAAGGUUUUGAUGGUGACGGUGUAUCCAGAGAAGUCUACUCUGCUUUCUGGGAGCUUUUCUUAGAACAAUGUGAGGGGGAGGAGGAACGAGUUCCCAGACUUCGACCAGACUUUACGCAAGAGCACUGGGAAGCUGUUGGAAGAGUUUGGUUGAAAGGAUAUCUGGACCAUGGCAUCAUACCAAUCCAACUGUCACCAGCUUUUGUUCUUGCUUUUUGUCAAGGAGUCAGUUCAGUAGAUGAGGAACUUUUGAUGAUGUCCUUUAAUACAUUUAUUUCAGGGCCUGAGCGAAUGGCAGUUGAGAAAGCUCUCCAAAACAACAUGGAUGAAACUGUUGAAUAAGACCUGCUGGAUCUUUUUUCUAGAAUGGGCUCACACUGUCUGCCCUCAGGAGACCAUUUACGGGCCUCUCUUUUAACAAUGGCACAUAAAGUAUUGCUUCAAGAGCCAAAGUUUAUAAUAGACUGUUUCCACUCCAUCAUCCACAAUGUGGUUCCACCUCUGACUGAAAAAGACAUCAGGAAUCUUUGAGUCUAAAAAGCCAACAAACAAAAAAGAGGCCCAAACAAUAAAGCCAACAGUUGAAAACCUUGAUCCACAGCAGCAGUCAGCCUUUAACCAUCUGGUAAGGUAUGUGAGAAGUGCUGACCAAAAAAAACUGGUGAAAUUCUUGCGUUCUGCACAGGGUCCUCAGUUCUUUGCCAGGACAAAAUCGAAGUAACCUUUAAUAGGCUGUCUGGUUUAAGUCGAAGAUUAGUGGCGCACACCUGCGGUGCCGUCCUUGAAUUACCAUGUACAUAUAGUUCAUACCCAGAGUUUCGAGCAGAGCUGGACAACACUCUGUCAGGUGACUGCUACACAAUGGAUAUUCUGUAAUAUCUGAAUUUGGUGUAAAUGUCAGAAUUUAGAGCUCCGUCUCCCCCUCUGGUCACCAGCUGGAACUAUCUCAUGAGUUCUAACCACAAUUCCUGUAUGGUGCACACCUGACUUUCAUUCACUCAACCACAGCAUACUUGAGCUCUGUAAUGAACUUACCACAAAGUAUUGUUUGUGCCACACUGUCUUCCUUAUCAUAUCUUGUAUCUGGACCUGAUCUUCUGUCUUCUGACCCAGACUCUGGUUGCCUGCCUGGACCGUUGCCGCCACUAUUUUGAACAUACUGUCUCUCCUUGGAUGAACUUAUGCCUUUUAUUGAUUGGCUGACUGACUAAAGUAAUUUAAGUUUGUGGACUUUUAGCUGAGCUAAUAAACCUGCUGCAUUUGAAUACAGCCGUCUGCCUGAUCUUGUGACAGUGGCG